AUGGUCAGUGGUAUCACCGAUGUACAACACAUAUUUACUCAUCGAAAUAUAUACGAGCAAGGUGAUAUUUAUAUUAAACAAUUUGGUAUUCUUACUCCAAAUUCACUCAUUUCAGUCAAAGGAGCUCAUUUCAAACGACAUGCCACUAUUACUCUGCCACUAUUUCGUCGUGGAAAGAUCACGAACAAUAUCGAUUUAAUUGUUGAUUGUACUGACAAACUUUUGGCCAAUUGGCGUACUAGACCUAAUAAGCAUGUUCAUUGUGAUAUUGUUCAACAAUGUCAAAAUUUGAUGCUCCAAAUUUUUGGUUUGAUCGGAUUUGAUUAUGAUUUGGAAAUGCUCGACGAACGUGGUUCAGAUCAAAAUGAACUUGGAAAAGCACUCUUUGAUCUAUUAAAAGCAGCUGAAUUUAUCAUUUUUGCACCAACUUUUAUGGGCAAACUUUAUACAACAUUCAGUGGUCGACAUCGAAGAGCAAAAGCAAUUGUUAAAAAAUAUCUUUAUAAAAUGAUUGAAAAUGAAAUGGCCCAAAGUCUAUCACGAGAUGAAGUUUAUCAAGAAAUGCUUUUAUUUUUAAUCGCUGGUUUUGACACAACAUCUAAUGCACUGGCUUGGUUUAUUCAUUUCCUGAGUAAAUAUCCUCGAGUGCAACAAAAAAUCAAAGCAGAAUUAAUAGAUAUCUGUAAUAAUCAAACGUUGUCUGUGAAUCAACUUGAUUCUUUGACUUAUUUGGAUUGUGUUAUUAAUGAAACAUUACGUUUUUUUCCACCUGUCAAUGGUACCGUUCGUACGUUAACUGCUGACGAUCGUCUGCCUGGAAGUGGUGUUCAGUUGUAUAAAGGUGACUCAGUACUAAUUCCAUUUCAUAAUUUAUCACAUGAUACUCGAUUAUGGUCUAUCGACCCUAAUAUAUUCUAUCCAGAAAGAUUCUUAGGCGAAGAUAAAAGUCAUAAUCCGUAUGCAUUGAUUCCAUUCGGUAAUGGUCACCGUCAAUGUAUAGGACAGGAUUUGGCACGGUUUGAACUCAAAGUCAUUGCAGCAAGAAUGAUGCAACAGGUCACAUUUGGUGAUGGUGGACCUGAUGUCAACUCCGGUGGUCAUGUGACAAGACUUGUCAUCGCACCAAAACAUGUUGGUGUUACUAUCGAAUUCGUCUAA